AUGCCCCCAAAACAUGAACAAAAGCCUAGCACAAGAGAAGGUCUCUUGAGGUACAAGGGGAAAUUGACGGGAACAAGGACAAAUAAUGGGGAGUACACGAAACCAAAGACGGGAAUGAAACGAAAAGAAGUUGGUGAUGUAUUUUUGUCUAGGGAAGAGGAGAACGCGAGGCAGGAAAAUAGAGAAAAUGUAAAAAGGGAAAAGGAGCAACAGGCAGGGAAACAAGAGAGAAACCACUUCAAAGAAGGGAAUAUAGUUUAA